GCCAACCGCUGGGAACCUUUGAACCGACUGCCAUAGGAGGAAACUAGUUCCCUGGUCACGUACUUUUGUCCGUGAAGUAUGGCGGCUGGUAGACUGUGUCUUUUCGUGGCCACAACGCUGGUCGUGUGGCAGCUGACACAAGGACAGGGCAGGGUACACAAGGCUUGCAGGGUCUACAACAGAACCGUCGCCGACUGCAGUAGCCAGGGGCGGCAGUCCGUCCCCGAUGCCAGCGAGCUGCCCGAGGGGAUCAAAACUCUGUACCUUCUCAGCAACGACCUCCGCACUCUCCCACAAUGUGCGUUCUGCCAUUUCCCUCACUUGGAGUUUGUAGACUUGAGUUUUUGCAACAUCAGCACCAUUAGCAGCACCGCUUUCUCCAAGCUCGCACGCCUGCAGACCGUGCUGCUGAUAGGAAACAACUUGACCAGCCUGGAAAAUGGGACAUUCGAAGAAUCGCACAUCAUUACCGAAGUCAACUUGGCCGACAACAAGCUGACGGCGGUGCCGUACGGGGCGUUUCCUCUCAAUAACUCACUGACAACGUUGGACCUUUCGGGCAACCACAUAAAUGUUCAGGACGAGGGUGCCAACUGGGACCGUUUCAGAUCUCUUCGGCACUCUGUCUUCCGACUGAACAAUAUCACUUCUUCUACUGGUUGGAUGUUUUCCCGCGAAGGCCUGAACAUCUCGCUCCAGACGCUAGACCUCUCGUACAACAGAAUCUCCCGGCUGGACUCCUCAGCGUUUAACGGCGUUCGCAAGCUGGACCGACUUGUGCUGUCCAGCAACGACAUUCUGACUGUAGACAGGAACUCUUUCAGAAGCCUAUCACACACAGGGCUGGAAACAUUAGUACUGUUCGGAAAUCACCUGACAAAGUUAACAAACAGUACGUUCGCGUCUGUGCCUUCGUUGAAGCGUUUGGAUCUCGCGUACAACAAUAUUUCGAGUAUCGAAGAUAACGCUUUUGAAGGAUUGAGACAUCUGGAAGUUUUGGAGUUGUACAUGAAUCCGCUAUGGACGAACGUUCCCAUGACGGCGCUGGAAAAGUUAAGCACAAAUCUUCUAGAACUUGACUUAAGAUUCUGUUCCAUACUUAACAUUCAUCCCGGGCAGUUUCGGUCCUUCGGCAAUCUUCGGAGUCUAAACAUCUCCGACAACUUCAUCGGUGCCCUGGGGAGCGGGUAUGGGCUUACAGGGGAAGAGUUCGGUGGACUACACAACCUCACGGUGUUAAACAUCGGCGGAGGGCCGGGCUACAACAGGAUGAAAAUCAAAAACACGUCCUUCAGUCUCCUUCCGAAGCUGCAGAAAGUGGUCAUGCCAGGACUUCUCGGCUUUAACGAGGUUUUCGAUGGCUCGUUCCGAAACAACCCCGAUCUGAGGCUGAUUAAUAUGGACAACAUGAACAUUCGCGUCCUUGAUGCCAACCUCUUUCAAGGUCUGACGAAGUUAGAAGAGCUGGUUCUGUCCAACAACAACUUCUACUUGUUUCUGAACUCUGACCCGGGUAGUGCAAAAUUCUCGCGAUUUUUCGGAGACCUCACGAACUUAGAGACCCUCCGCUUGCAGGGCAAUCGCCUGGCGUCUCUGCAAAGUGAUAUAUUCAGGAAUUUGACAAAUCUGCGGUAUCUAAACCUUGGACCAGGUCGAUACGGCGACCACAACAACCAACUCUCAAAUUUACCGACAGAACUCUUCCAAUCUCUGACUAGACUGGAGACGUUACGAAUUGAUGGGAACCGUUUGUAUUCUGUGGAACAGUCGGCGUUUGAGCCCGUGUCUAAGUCUCUGAGAGAACUCUUCAUCUACGGAAACCAGUUUGACUGCACGUGCGAGAAUCUGCGCUGGUUUCGGGAAUGGGUAAACAGCACCCGAGCUGACGUCAUCGGGCUGGGAGAAGGCAGGCUGGUUUGCUCAACCCCACGGAAGUAUGCAAAUGAGAGCAUCAUGUCCUUCCAUCCCGAGAUCGACUGCGAGUCUGAGGUGAUGGUGAUCGCGUCCCUGACGGUGUGCUCCGCCGUGCUGGUGGUGGCCGUGGUGACCGUCGCGUGCCGGCGGUUCGGCUGGCACAAGUACGUGCAGUACGUCUGGGUCCUGGUCACCAGGCGGAAGGAAGGGUACGAGAGGCUGGAGGGGGAGGACCUGGAGGUGGAGUACGACGCCUACGUCUCACACACAGAGGAUGAUUUGGGCUGGAUCCAGAGAGUGCUGAUCCCGAACCUGGAAGAGAAGUCUCCCGAGAUGAAGCUGUGCAUCCCCGACAGGGACACCCCUCCGGGUGAGACGAUCAUCGACAACGUGCAGGACUACAUCCGCCGCAGCAGGAAAACGCUCUGCCUCGUCACUCAGCGGUACCUUGACCAGGAGGCGAGCUGGCUGGAGAUGCAGGUGGCGUCAUACCGGCUGUUCGACAAGGACGACCGGCGGGACGUGGUCGUCAUGGUGUUCCUGGAACCCAUCCCGAAAAACAAACUAACACAUUUCCAGAAGCUCCGGAAGCUGAUGCGUCCGGGGAUGUUCCUCCACUGGCCUGGAGAGGAGGACACGGCGGCACACCCGCUCUUCUGGCUGCUCCUGCGGGACGCGCUGGGCACCAGCAACAACCCCGUACCCAAGAGCAAGCCGCAGGUUUUAUAAAGUACCGAAAGAACAACUCCGUAUCCAAGAGCAGGUCAUGGGUUUUAUGAACAGAACAACCGGUCCCAAGAGCAGGCCACAAGUUUUAUAAAGUACAGAUAGCCUAACCUCCGCUUGGAAAGUACCCCGUUCCCAGGCUAGGUGUAGGCCGCAUGAUUUAUAAGUACAGAACAGCUCCGUACCCAAGAGCAAGCCUCAGUUUUUAUGAAGCACAGAAAGAACAACUCCGUCCUUGACUC